GUGGGCGAACAUGGCAGGAAGACAUAAUGGGAUCAUAGGCAAUUCGGAGCGCACUCGUAAGAUGUUGUCAAAAUUUGUCCUCCUCAUUGUAUGAAAACAAAGUGAUUAGUAACAUGAACUCAUCAGGGGCAAGCAUUGUAAAUUGUUUUCUACACGUUCCUUCUUUCGUGGUUAUUCUGCGCACUGGUAGGCGCUUCAAUGGCUCAAGUGGAGAGUCCGAUUCUAUCGCUCCCACCUGAUGUACUGUACGUGAUUCUGUCCUACUGCGACAUUCGGACUUUAGGAAGACUCAGCUGCGUUAGCAGCUACUUUUAUCACUUUCUCAAGCAAAAUUGUGUCUGGAAUCAAAGAAGCAAAAAUGCGAUUGCCACAAACCAGCUGGAUAGGAAGGUCCUCCUCAGAUCCCGCCAUAUCUUGGGGGCUGUAGAGAAAUGCUGGAUCGCUCUGAACUGGCAAAAAGGGCGCUACAAUGAAAAGACGCUUCUCCAACUGUAUACUACGUACAUGCCAUGGCUCGUCCUUGAGUCUAGUACCCUGUGGUACAGCAAAGGGGCCACCAUCCUUAAGCUCGCCAGGCUAGGGAAUGGACGCUUGGCCAAGAGACCCUUGCUGAGCUUAAGUGGCCACGCAGAUGAUGUCGGUCGCUUCGUCUGCAAAAAUGGCCUCGUCGUCAGCGGUGGAAACGAUGGAUCUCUGUGGAUCUGGACAUCCAGCGAUGGUCUCUACCUUCACAACCGGUGGCGCUGCCACACUCAGGCCAUCAACAGCGUCGACUACGGUGACAAGGUCGUCGUGACGGGGUCUCGUGACAGGACCGUCAAAGUAUGGACGCUGCACGAUUGGUCUUCUACUCUGGGUUACAGCGUGCCCGUGGGGGACCGCGUGUGCGCCGUCUCUCUGUCCCCGUGCGGUAGCUUUUUCCUGUGCGGCUCGGCGGGUUGCAAUGGUGUUCCACCCCUCCAGCUCUACGAUCUCGGCACAGGAAGCAGGGUAUCAGUGCUGGGCUCCGGCUACCGCAACGGAGCUGGAGUACUGCACCUGCAACCGGAGUCUCCGAUGGAGGUGCUCUCGUGUGGCUACGAUACGUUUGUUCGACUUUGGGAUUUGAGAUGUCCCACUCACAGCGUCCGAGCCUGGGAGGACCCUCAUGACUCGACGGUCUACUGCAUAGCAUCGGAUCACCACAUGACUGUGGUGAGCGGCACCAACCGCUACGGCGUAGUGCGCCUUUGGGACAAGCGCACCACUCGACCCAUGCAGAUGUACUACGUGGGCCACGGGAACAGUCCAGUCUACUCCCUGGCAUUUGAUCCCUGUUACCUAUAUGCCGCCCUCGACCGGUCUCUCAACCUCCUCUCGUUUGCGGGCCCCACUUGGAACCCGCAGAGCGACCCUGCUGAUGCCAGAUAAGCCUAGUCAGCAUUCCCCGUCAUCGUAACAUCCAUCCAGAAAAGGACUGUAAUGUCUGUGGAAAUAAAAACUGUUUUUUUUUUUU